UUGACAUCUUGUCAAGGGCGUAGAGGCCACGACGAGCGUACACCACAUCCGCGUUCUCGUCAUGGUUUCCACAUCAUCAUCCACUUCCAGAAUUUGUACUCUCGUACAAACACAGGCAGUUUAUUUGUAAUCCUGAUAUAGAGGCAUGGGUAUAAAUGCAGUGAUGAAUACCGAUACAUAACGAGAGUGUGAGCUGACAAUAAGGAAAAGUGUACAAAAUCAUCCGGACUUCUAGUGUGCCAUAUUUCGAUUGGCUGAGGUCAUACCUAUCGCUGACAAUGGAUGGGGUGGAAGAUGAGUUCUAUGCAUGGUUUCACGACGUACGAACAAUACAGGGUAGACACAGCAUGGACAUGCGCCUCUUCCGGACGCCCGAGGGAUUCACGGGCAGAGGCAAAGACGACGUUGGGGAAUUCGUAGUGAACGACGGGGAGAUACGCGCCUCUCGAUCCCUCGGCCUGCACUACGUCAGAUUCAUGAAGAGAUACGCAACACACGGCGUCAUUUAUGAGGGGAUUGGAACUCUGCAGAAUUCCGUGCUGACGGCCUCUGGCCAAUGGCGUUUAGAACACUUCCAAUAUGUUCAAGGGGACUGGGAAUGCUGCCUGCUCUUCGCCCCUCCUGCUGCAUGAUUGAUAAAUGUCAACCCUUGUAUCAUGUGCCUCUCGUGCAAAAAAAAAAACACACACACACUUGUCGCCGGUGAUGGCUCUCUGGUCAUGAACAGUACCAGGGCUUAUCAACAGCCAUUAUUUUGUGGUUUGGGGUUGUUAUAUAGCAAUGUUAUGAAUAAUAUUCACAUCGGGUAUUUAGGAAAGCAGCUCAGAAAAAAAGAACACAGCUAGAUUCAUGUACAUGACUGUGCAGUAUUGCACAACUCGUAGUUACUGCACCUGCAGUUGGCAAACCGUACGCCUCACCGAUAAGUCGGAAUUUGUGGAACGCAUACAGCUUGGCCUAGGGAGAAAAACAAAACUUUAAAACCUGAUAACCAACAGUCAACAAAUAGUUGUCGUUAAUGUCAACGAUUAAGUUUAGGAAACCUAGUUAUAAGUCAAUAAUUUGAUAGUGUCUACUCAUCAAUCGCUCCAACAGGCUGAUUUCAGUCUGAUUUCACACUCUGGCUUUGAACUUUGUUUUUUUUUUCUUGCUGCAGAAUUAUCACACCAGAACUUUUGAUCGGAGUGCCGAAUAUUUCAUUAUUUAAUUUUCAGCGAGGGUCACUCUCAGUAUUCGGUGUGGGGGAAGGUGCAUAUAGCAUGCGUAGCUCAUGGUUGUUUUCUGGUUUUGUGUAAUUUUGUUCUUGUUUGUUUGCUUUCUGUGUCUUCUAUGACAUGGAUAUAUUUUUAUAUUUUGUUGGUCUUUGUAAUGCUCUGUUGAUCUUUUAAAAACGGUGAAGCAUGAUUUGAAAAAAAAAUCUGUUGAAUUUAAUUGAUAUGAGUUGACUUGGGCUGUUUUCCAACACUCGUCUUGGCUCCGUCGGUUGCCGUCGGAGGCUUCAACUUUUUUUCUUUUUUCUUUUUUUUUUGGGGGGGGGGCUAUUUUUUCACUUCCUGACUUUGAGGUUGUAAGUGCAAUAGUAAGUCUGAUAGUGCCACAAACCAUCAAGUACGAUGCAAAAGAGGCAAACAUUACAGUACUUCAAUUUAAGUUAAACGCUUCAGGCCCACAAUCAAGGAUUGGUUUCCCGCAUGAAGCCUGAGACGGAGACGGAGUUGAGUAUCGGAAAACGGCCUUGACUUGCCAUUGUUUGGAUCAUGCCGAUAAUGAUGUAAAUCGCGUUCAGGCCUGUGAUUAUGUCCUUGAAGAAUUUAUUGUAGAGUACCUAACCAGAAAUAUGUCCAUUUGCCAAGUAUGACUUCAAAAAAAUAAACAUCGUGCAUCAACUCAAGCUAGCUACAUGUAGCUACACGUAAGUAGAGACAUGGAGGUAGAGAUGAGGCAAGUUCCUUUCCCUGUUAGAGUGCGCCCUCUAUCUACAGGUUCCGUUUAUUUUGUGGUCUUGUCACCCGAAUUAUCGAAAACAGUGUAAAAUAAUGACUGUAGAACCAGACUACAAGGAGCUGUUGUCGAAUUCGAACAGUUCAGUUCGUUAAUCGCUUUGAAGCUGUCUUGUGUCAAUGGUUUACGUCCGUCUACGGUUUCUUUCACGGAAAUGUGACGGGUGUCUCGCAUUUAAGUCGCUCUCUUAAUUUAUACCCUGUCAUGCCCGUUCCUGCAUUGGCACUCUAUGGUCUGGUGAGGUACUGCGAACCGAGGAAAAGGCAGAGCUGAGCCGAGUUUCAGGUUUUUAUUUUCUGCAGGUCUGAAAGGCAGUGAAGGAGCCAAAGUCUGUUCUACAUGUAAACCAUGUAGCUACCGGUGUGGCAGGCAUUGAAUAAGGAUCUCUCUUCAUGCUCUUGGGAGCUUUUCUAAAAUUGUUAAAACUGUUGAGUUUGUAUUCUGCUGAGACUUCAAGCGGCUCAUCUCAUGAGUAGUUCAUUUGAACAUUCAGCUGCAAGACAUCAGUUACCACGCGGGUGAACAUCCAAGAACAUGUUUGUGGGUGCGUAAUAAGACUCAUUUGCUACUCAUUGUUCUUACACCGUGCAUGGAAGUAACAUAACUGCUUGCAACCUGUCAUCAACACCUGAUGUUGGAACACGAAACCUACAGGGAAUAUUUUUGCGAUCAACACAACUUUGCUUCAUAAAAGAUGGACCAAGAAUAUCAGAAACGACUGUUGAGACAACAGAAUGGUGAAGGAUCAGUUGGAUCACCAACGUUGAUGCCACCAUCUCCUGGGCAGGCUGCCUCACCUAAUAAAGACAGAUACAGCGACAGGUUUAUACCCAGCCGAGCAGGGACAAACUGGGAUGUUGGGUUCCACUCCAAACAAGACCAGAAUGAGGAGUCACAGUCUGCCACACGCAGGGCCAAAGAUGAUUCUGAUGCCAACAAGACCACGGACAUGCUCGCCUACCAUUGCCUCCUCAAGAAUGAGCUUCUUGGAGCCAACAUCGAUAAGAUCAAAGAUCCGCAAUGUGAGGACCGUCGGAUGGUCAGUCCACAGAAGGCCAAACGUAACCUGUUCCAGUAUAGCGUCCAGGCCAAGAGACCCACCAUGGCCAAAAGCGAAGACUCAUCUUCCUACUCUCUCUCACCAGUCGGAAGUAAAAGCCAAAAGUUGUUACUGUCGCCCCGUAAACCGAUGCGUAAAAUCUCCAAGAUUCCCUUCAAAGUCCUUGAUGCCCCAGAGCUUCAAGAUGAUUUCUAUCUGAACCUUGUGGAUUGGUCAUCAACAAAUAUACUCAGUGUCGGUCUGGGAACCUGUGUCUAUCUAUGGAGUGCAUGUACAAGUCAGGUGACCAGGCUGUGCGAUUUAUCAGUUGAUGGCGAUACUGUCACAUCGGUAUCUUGGAACGAAAGGGGCAAUCUGGUUGCCGUGGGAACACACAAAGGACUGGUACAGGUGUGGGACUCAUCCACUCAGAAGCGGGUCAACACUCUCAAAGGUCAUUCAGCACGAGUAGGUGCCUUGGCGUGGAAUGCUGAUAUGUUGUCGUCAGGCAGUAGAGAUCGUAUGAUUCUCCAGCGAGACGUGCGAACGCCAACCACUCCGGAGAGACGGCUAGCCGGCCAUCGGCAGGAGGUCUGUGGACUGAAAUGGUCGCCUGACCACCAGCAUCUUGCCUCUGGUGGUAACGACAAUAAGCUGUUUGUUUGGAACAACUCCAGCCUUACACCAGUCCAGCAGUACACUGACCAUCUUGCAGCGGUCAAGGCUAUCGCUUGGUCCCCCCACCAACACGGCCUGCUAGCGUCAGGAGGUGGCACCGCUGACCGCUGCAUCCGAUUCUGGAAUACACUGACCGGUCAGCCACUCAAUUCUGUGGACACUGGCUCACAGGUCUGCAACCUGGCCUGGUCAAAACAUGACAAUGAGUUGGUUAGCACUCACGGUUACUCUCAGAAUCAAAUCCUGGUGUGGAAGUACCCAUCCUUAGUGGAGGUUGCCAAACUGACUGGACACACCUACCGAGUUUUAUACUUGGCCGUUUCACCGGACGGGGAGGCCAUCGUAACUGGAGCUGGGGAUGAAACCCUGCGAUUCUGGAAUGUCUUCAGCAAAUCACGAUCAUCCAAGGAAUCCAAGUCUGUCUUGAAUCUGUUCAACCACAUCAGGUGAAUGAGGCAGAGCCAUCACUGGGGUUCAAACAGGUGAAAGAGGCAGAGCCAUCACUGGGGUGCAAACAGGUGAAAGAGGCAGAGCCAUCACUGGGGUUCAAACAGGUGAAAGAGGCAGAGCCAUCACUGGGGUGCAAACAGGUGAAAGAGGCAGAGCCAUCACUGGGGUGCAAACAGGUGAAAGAGGCAGAGCCAUCACUGGGGUGCAAACAGGUGAAAGAGGCAGAGCCAUCACUGGGGUGCAAACAGGUGAAAGAGGCAGAGCCAUCACUGGGGUUCAAACAAGGCAAGCUUCUGUAUUUUACAGCUUAAUCUCUCGUUGAUAGCUUAACAGUCUAAAACAAGAUUAAAGCAGGAUUGCUCCUGUGACAAUGGCAUCAUUGAAUUCCACCAUCUUGAUUUUCAGAUAUUUGGCGGCUUCAGGAGGGCUGCCACAUUUGCAUUAUACCUGCUUCUAUUCUAAGUCACAAAUUAUUUUUGUUUUAAUUAUUUAUGUGAGAAUACAAAAAUUGCUGCAUCAAAGCAUUACUUUUUAAGAAUUUGACACACUCCAUCUGAUAAAGCAUUCAUACCUUGCAGGAUGUUUUUUUUUUUGAUGGUGUAAAACAUGUUAUCUAGGAACUCACUGUUUUGGAAGAAUCUAGGUUUUCAAUUGAGAGUCGUGACUUUUGGUAUUUUCUUUUAUUUUCCUUUGAAAUUUUUUUAAUUUUUACUUUUUUUUCCUUGUUGAUAUGAAUAUGGCCUUGCAGUAGGGGCAGAGAAAAAUCAUGCGAAAUUGCCGUUUUAUUUAUUUAAUUGAGUUUUUCAAUCAUUUUACCUCAAUUCAUUGGUUUUAGCAAUUUUAAACACAGAUAAGUAUCACAAUUGAAAAUACGAAAAUGCUUUUUUUUCUAUUAAGAGACAUUUUCAUCAUGAGAGGCAAAGUGAAUAAUUUUUCCAAAUGGCAGAAAUCAUUUGGAUGUUUCUUUCACCUAAAAAUUGAAUUUCCAGUUUUUCCUCUUUUGAAAUCAAAUGUUCAGGCAAACUUGCAAAAACAAGGAACUCCAACCUUUCCUUAACCCUAACACUCCUCAAUCCUCCAACAGGUGAAGGAUUGAGGAGUGUUAGGGUUAAAUAGUUUAAAGAAGUCUCAAUUAAAACAGUGAGUUACUGAUAAAUGAAUACAUUUCCCCUCUUUAAGUAACUGACUUUGUUCAUGUGAAUCCCAGUAGGUGUGUAUUGGGUGCUUAGUUGUGUAUACAUGUAACAUUACGGGGCUUCGCUGCUUAAGAAAAUAAAAGCUGACAGAUAUUAAAUUAAA